AUGGUGACCUCUGAUAGACGUUUCGGAGGUCUUGGUGUUGCCUUUGUCGGAAUCACAUUAAUAGGAGCAUCGUACGCGCCUAAUUGGCUGAUAGCCGUGGACAAGGCGCCACAAGAACGGUCAGAUGAAUGGUGGGAAGCUUGCGACAGUAUCAUCGCCGCAGACACCACAGACAACGGCACGGCCGCGGAGACGUGCCUGGCCGCAUGUACCCUCAAGCAGCUGGACAAGUUGAAUGAUGAGCUGAGAGCUUGCCUCAAAUCCAGCACGGGCUUGUUCUGGCAACCGUGGCUGCCCAGUACCUUGCACGUGCUAGGUCUCGCAUUCCUUUACCGUCUCUUGGGGUUUGUUCUUACCGGGUGCAAGAUCCGACAAGAAGCCGUUGCGGAGCAGGAACCGGCUGCAACGCAUGUGCCACCAGACCCAGACACCUGCAAACACGGGGGCCCCUUCGCAAGGGGCAAGUUAGGGCUUCUUCCGUCUUGCAUGGAUAUCAAAGUGGUGUCCGACCGGCAAGCAUCGGAGAGGAAGCUUUUGAUUAGUUUCUUCAGCAUUCUCACCGAGCCCUUGUUCGAUGUCGUCAGCCUGGCGAGCUACCUCCGCAACGGCCAGCCCUUCUACUUCGCUGUCGCCGGCUUGGGCUUCUUUGUGACCGCAUACAAUUCCCAAGACCCUUUGCAGGCCGAUGGUCUGGUAGAGUGGUAUCGUUCCUACAGGCGCGGCUUCAAGACCCGAGGCUUGCUGGAGGUGCAGGUUGCUGACCUGCCUGAGGUGGCUGUGUCGACUUGGCUCCAGCUCUACGCUGGUCUGGUCAUGACCGAACCAACGCAAGUGCUGAUGCUUCUGUUCUUCGCAUGCCUCAGCCUGGGCCUGACCCUGCCCGAAAUCCUGGAGGCCCGGAAGCUCCUUCAUGACAUGCAGCUCGAGGCCAGCAAUUUCAACAAUUUUUACGAAGUGGAGGCGGCCCGGCAGGGCAAGGAUUACGGUCUGUCUUUUCUGAGCGUCUGGCUUGUGGAGAAUAUUGUCCUGCUCAUGUCGCGGCGCUGGGGCUAUAAGCAAUGGCAUUUAGAACCGCUCGAGUACCGAGUUGCCCAAGGGUUGUGCUUGCUCCUCAUCCUAGGCUCCAUUGUCCUGUUGUUGCUUCGCUGUUGUUGCUGCAGCCCCCGCCCUACUUGGGCCCCACGUAGGUGCGGCGGACUGUUCAAGCUGGUGAUCAUGCAUGUUUGCACAACAUGUUUCGCUAUGUUUUAUUCGUUCUUACAAUUCUUACUUUGCGUCGAUGUUUUUUGCAGUGGGGGAAGCCCCUUGGCCGAGUUUUAUUCUCGAAAUUUCGAUUGGGACUGGCCGCCGGUACUUGGGAUGUUGUCGUGGCUUGUCGUGCUUGGGCUCAGCGAAGGUUGCCUUUGUGCUCUUGUGUGGGCGUCUUUAAGCUACAUGUUCACAUCUUUUCCAUGGAAGCUUGGAGUGACAACUGCCUGUGGCAUCAGCUUGGCAGCGCUCUGGGGGUACAUCCUGCAGAAUUUCGACUGGAUGCGAACCUUGACGGUUCUGGCGGCAGCAGCCCAGGUGGCCUUCCACAUUGUCGCGUUUUUCGGAUCCACUGUGGCAUGCUGCGGGCUGGCCUGGGUUAUUGACUAUUCCGGGGCGGCCGAAGCAGCCGAGCAAGGCGGUGGGACAGACACAGAGGCGGCAACACCUUCAGUGGCACUUCUACGUGUAGAUCCGGCGGGCCCUGGCGAUUACUUUGAAACAGGUUCAAACGGCUCAGACAAGGCGCCAUCACAACGCUCUGGCAGCACCUCAAGCGAUUCCUCUGACGACUUCAAGAUCUGUUUGCUUCCCCGGCAAUGCUGA